AUGGCUGCCGCCUCCUCAGAGCCUCGCCCAUUGGAGCGCCUCUGCUCGUCUAACUUCGCGAAGCACCUCAUCGCGCCGCUGCAGCGCGCCUCUUCCCUGCUGGGCUCGGGCGACCUGUGGCAGAUGCACGCCGACGCGGAUGAGGCAGAGGCCGCCGCCCUCGCCGCUCAAGGCGACGCGGCGGCUUCCGCGCUAUGGCCGUGGAAAAUGAGCAACGUUGUCGCGCGCAUAGAGACGUCGCUGUCGCGGUUCUCGCGGAAUAAGCCGCCUCCUUCCCCCACCGCCUCGCGCAAGCCGCUGACAUCGCUCAAAGCCGCGAGUAUCACCGUCGAUGUGUCCUCACCGUCGCCGAAAUCUUCCGGUCCCGUGCCGAGGAUGUUCAAGCAGCGCGGCGCCGCGGAGUCGCGGAUUCAGUUUCGCCUCUCCCCGUCUCAUCUCGCCUCCGUCGCCGGCGCCUCUGCGGAACUUGAUUUCGCCACCGCUCGCAGCACGCACAAUGCUGCCAAGGCCACGCGCGAGGAGCCCGUCGGUCGCGUGGCGCCCGCCGCACGUCGCCCCAGAGCGAGCUUGAGCAUGGAUGAGGGGCAGCUGAGCAGAUGGCAGGAGCACGCCCCGGCUACGACAUCAGACAACGUUGACGGAGACAGCAUUGACAGAAAUAACGUUGACAGAAACGACGCCGUGCCGUCGAAGAAAGAACCGGAGUUCACUUCCUGGCUCGACGACCUGCAGUUGUAUCUUAUGAGCAAUAGCACGGAAAAUGUCUCCCUCUAUGACUAUGCGUCUGGUGCUGCCGCUGCUCCUGCUGCCACAGCCGAGCUUAGUGUACGUUCCCAGUGGCAGACUCGUGACGCUGCAGCUCGCCUUGCUAUCCGCAGUCACCUGCCGUUCGCUGAGCUAGAGCACUUUGGCGACUGCAAAACCGCUAAGGCCCUUUACGACGCUGUCGUUGCUCGCUACUCCUCACCUGCCACAGCCGAGCUUAGCCGUCUCAUGCUGCCUUACCUGUUCCCUGAGCUGUCCACCUUUGCUACAGUCGCCGAUCUCAUCACCCACCUUCGCACUAGUGACGCUCGCCUGCGUGCCGCCCUUCCCACCGAGUUCUGCGCUAAGAACCCCCCUCCACUGUACUGGACGCUCCAUUUCAUAGUCACCCGUCUCCCUGACACCCUCAGCUCAGUCCGAGACUACUUCCUUGCCCGCUGUCCCACUGAGCUCACAGUCACCCUCCUAGAGGAGAAGCUGCUAGCAGCCGAGAAGAGCAUUGUAGCUGUAGGUGCUGCUCGUGGCGCUCCUCGCACCCCCAUCUUUGAGGGGUGUUCUCCCUCUCCCCUCGCUCCCUCCUACGCUUCUGCUGCUGCUGUUGACUUCCUUGGUGCUGAGUCUGUUGGCGCUGCUUCUGCUCCUGGUGGGAGGCGCCGCACCGGCAAGGGCAAGGGGGGCAAGGGUGGUGGUGGUGGCGCUGGGGGGGGAGGUGGUGGGGGAGGUGGGGGAGGAGGCGGUGCUGGAGGGAGCGGUGGCGGGAGUGCUGGUGGGGGUGGAGGCAGCGGUGGGGGCGGGGGCGGCGGCGGGAGUGGUGGCAGCGGUGGCGGCGGUGGCAGCAGUGGUGGCAGUGGUGGCGGUGGCGGCGGCAGCGGUGGCGGUCGGAGCGGCGGAAGUGGCGGUGGUGGUGGUCGGAGUGUGGGCCCCAGCUCGGGCCAGUCCUCGCAGAAGCAGCAGCGUCCUCAGACGACCCAGCAGCUCCGUGAGUGGCUUGCUCAGCGUGGGACGUCGGGAGGCAGUGGUCGCUGUUCCUAUGUCAUUCGCACAGGUGAACGCAAGGGGCAGAAGUGUGGGAGGUUCCACACCCAGUACCGCUGCUUCUCCCGCCUUGACGACGCUUGGCGUGAGGAGAUGGGCGAGGAGGUUGAGCGCCCCCGCUGGGCUGAUCUGAUGAGGGCUGGUGUUGAUAUCUUUGCUCUUGAUUAUGAUGCUAUUAUUGCUGCCAUGUAUGCAUUGACUGUUAGUGCUGAGGGGGACUGUUACUUGUGUGUGCCGCCUGACCCAGGUAUAGAGCCCACUGCCCUAGGUACCAGCGAGUCUGCUCUCUCAGGUACUGUGCCUUCCGAGGCUACUCCCUUCGGUACACCCCCUCCUGCUAGCGAGUCUGCGCUCUCCGGUACUGCACCCGCUGAGGCCUUGCACACCUUCACGCUUGACUCAGGUGCUUCCCGCUGCUUCUUUCGUGACAGUACUGAGCUCACUCCCCUCCCUCCGCCGGUUCCAGUCUCCCUGGCUGACCCCUCCGGGGGUCCAGUUCUUGCACGGUCUACCACUGUGCUUCCCUGUCCGGCGGCUCCGUCUGGCUCGUUGUCGGGUUUCCACCUCCCCUCGUUCUCUACGAACUUGGUGAGCAACGCUGUUCUCCAUGAUCACUGGGUUGACACCUUUACUCCUGGAGGACAGCGUGUGGCGAUCCUCACGUGCUCCAGGACUGGCCGUCACCUGGCUACGUUCACUCGUCAGCUGGGGUCGAGUCUCUACACACUGACCACUACGUCUCCUCAGGUCGCUGCUGUUGGUCAGGUGUCUGCGUCAGGUCUAGUAGCCCACCCCUGUGAGUGUCGCUCCCUGUCGCACCAGACCCUUCUCUGGCACCACCGCCUGGGUCACCCCUCCUUGCCGCGCCUUCGUGGCAUGCACCGUCGUCACCUUGUGUCCGGUCUUCCCCGGUCUCUCCCUCCCCUCCCUGCCUCACCUGCGCCGCCUUGCCUUCCUUGCGUCGAGGGGCGGCAGCGCGCCGCUCCUCACUCCUCCUCGUUUCCCCCGACCGAGGCUCCUCUGCAGACCCUCCACCUGGACGUGUGGGGCCGAGCCCGCGUCCGUGGACAGGGCAGUGAGCGGUACUUUCUACUGGUUGUCGACGACUACUCGCGUUACACCACGGUCUUCCCCUUGCGCACCAAGGGUGAGGUCCCUGCUGUUCUGAUCCCUUGGAUCCGCACAGUUCGUCUCCAGCUCCGCCGCCGGUUCAGGACAGAGCUUCCUGUUCUGCGUCUGCACUCUGACAGAGGUGGUGAGUUCUCCUCUGACCUCUUGAGGGCCUUCUGUCAGGCGGAGGGCAUCGAGCAGUCCUUCACGCUUCCGGACUCCCCGCAGCAGAAUGGGGUUGCAGAGCGCCGCAUUGGCCUGGUCAUGGAGGUCGCUCGUACCUCCUUGGUUCAUGCGGCGGCUCCCCAUUUUCUGUGGCCGUUUGCUGUCCGGUACGCGGCGCAUCAGCUCAACCUCUGGCCCCGUGUCUCCUUGCCGGAGACCUCGCCCACACUGCGUUGGACGGGGGAGGUCGGCGAUGCGUCGCGCUUCCGGGUGUGGGGCUCUCGUGCCCUUGACGGCGAUACUUCCGCGGACAAGCUCUCCUCCCGCACACUUCCCUGUGUCUUCCUUGGCUUUGUCCCUGACGCGCCAGGCUGGCAGUUUUACCACCCCACCUCGCGCCGGGUCUUCGCCUCUCAGGACGUCACCUUUGACGAGUCGGUGUCUCUCAGGUAG